AUGGAAAAAAGAAUUAAAAAAAGUCCACCAGCGGAAAUAACCGAAAAAAUUUGUCGGGAAAUGCGAAGUCCUAAUUUUCCGAAUAAAAAUAUUGGUUUAGGGGAAAAUCCGACCGCGGAGGAAAAAGUAAAAUAUGAAAUUUGUCAGACUAUUGCUCGCUAUAAAAGAGAAAAUAAUUUAACAGAGGGAGAAUUAGAAGCCAAAAUAGGGGCUAAUUCACAAUAUACUCAUGCUAUUCUUUAUGGUUACGGAGGAGGAAGUCGUAGAGCAGAAGAAAAGAAAUCAAUUUUGAAAGAAAGAGGUUUUGCUGAAAAAGUUAAUGAGAAAUUAAACAAUUUUGACAACUUUGUUGUAAAUUAUCAAGAAUUAGUAGUUCGCUCUCGGGAAAUAGAGACGUUUAUCAAAAAUCGUUUGGAGACGGGAACUAAGUUUGUUGGCGAGUUUGAUAGGGAUUUAACUGAAUAUUUACAGGAAGAAGAACAAGAUUACGAACGCUGA